CUGUAUUGUCGGCAGGGUGAACUUGAUGCCAUCGUAACAGAGACCAAAAAUCUCCAGAAACGGAAACGUGAACUAACCGAGGCAAAGCUUGCAGCUCAGGAGGUGAUUGAGCUCAAUAACUACCAGUCUGAGUAUCCCGUACGGGAGCAGCAGCUUAAACACUGUCAGACAAAGGCUACGCCCAUCCUCCAAAAUUUGGCCGCUGUCCGAGAGCCAAACUUGGCUAACUCCUUCGGUGAGGUGAAGAACGGUACCGAGCACGAGAUGGCUGCUGCCGGAGAGGCGCUACGUCGAGCUGCUGAUGUUAUGCAGGGCCUGACGCGUCAAUUGGAACUGGAGGAAAAACGUCUAGCAUUUUUGGCUACCGGAAAACAGGAAGGCAGGCGAAUCGACAUGAUACAACAACAGGCGGUUGAGGCCGCAUACAGUGCCCUGGGCAUGGAUGCUGUCGCUGCGGCUACGAAGAACGCAAACGGCGAAGUCCCCGGUGGCGAGACUCCUCAACUAAUGAAUGGUGGACCAUUAAUCGUACCGAAGAUAACCAAUGAAAUACAGUGCUCAGCACCCCCGAUGCCUGGACAAUCAACUAUUGCGCCCAAAGACUGCCUUACACUGCUAGACACACUGUCAGCCACUCUUGCUAACAGGGAGGACAACCCUUUGCAGGAGAAAUAUAAAGAACUACAGAGCUAUCAAGCAGAUCCAAACCUUUCAAAAGAGGCCUACAACGAGCAAGCAGUUGCUGCCGACAACAAGUUGUAUCAGGACACGCACGCCAAAGCAACCCGCACGGGGGCCAUACUGGCCGCACUGAAGGCGCAGGUACUCUAUCAGACGGAGUGUGAAAAUUGGUUCCAGAUGGCUACAGAUAGUCUUGACUGGAUGAACGAAAUGCAAGCCAAAGUGGACGAUACCUUUGAUUGGCGCGUCACACUCAGACGCUUCGGUGUGGAUGUAAAGCCGAACCAACGGACAACCGUUGAAAUGGCAGACGGUGGCCCUAAGGGCACUGGAGGCAUGUCCAAACGCCUUGCCAGGCACAAGCAGCUGGCUGUUGACGUGAGUUCACGAAUCCAUACUUUACCAAAUUAG